UGUACAUUCAGGCAGUUCGUUUUUUCAUUUAAAACAAAACAUAAAAAAUAGAAAAACCACUCGUUUUUUCAUUUUUUGUUUUCGAAUUCAAAACGAAAAUUCAGAUAACGGACCGUCAUCCGUUUUCCGAUUUUGUGCACAAAACGAAAAUGGAAAAAACGGAUAACGAGCGCUCAGAUUCCAUUUUUGAUUUUUCGUCUGAGGCAGGGGCGUGACCCGGAAGUAGUAAUAGCACGUAGUGGACAACGGAAGACCGCGAAAAAGGAAAAAAAAAAAAGAGCGAGAGAAACUUUUGCAGCAGAAUGGAGAGCUUCAUUUUAUUUAAAGAAAAUAAAAGGGUUACCCUCAGAGCCGAGGACAUGACAACAGAAAAGAUUUCUGUUAUAUUCCAGGUAGAAAAGCAGACAGUCUAUUUGACAGACGACACAAAUGUGGCGAUUUUCCCGAGAUCAGACGGGGACUUUAAUUGUUUUGACCUAAUCACGAGGGGCCACUACGAGGUUCAUGGAAACGGCACUCCAGUGGAAAGACCGGCUGCUACAGAUGUUCCGCAUCGUUUUCAAUUUCAUCGCCCCCAAAGCGCUUUAGGCAGCACUCCACGAGCUACCGUGACCAAAACAUUUCAAAGGAACAUCUUCAUUGGGGAAGUUGUGCUUGGGAGGCUGGAAUCCAGUAAGACUGUUUCAGUGAGGUUCUCAGAGUUGGAGGCUUGUGUUGGGACCAUCAUGGCCAAAGUGAAAGAUGCGAUUGGCCAAGAUGUGACGAUUAUUUUGACAGAUAGCCUGGGAAAUGAAAUAGUUGACUCUGAAGGAACUAGGGGGUCAACCUACUGGAAGCAAAACUCCAGAAAAGUGUUUGCAGUGCCAGAAGAUCAGAUGGGGCAGCUUCAGAGUGGUAAAAGGAGAAGGCUCAGCCAUAGAGAAGAUGUUGGGCUACAGGAGGCUGUAGAAAAUAUAGAGGAGCUGGUCGAGGCAGCCCAGGGACUGAAGGACGUUUCCAAAGCGAUAAAGGAGUUGAGUGGACUGGCACAUUCGACACUGACGACAACUUUGUCAUUGUCAGAAGCUGAAGUAGCUUCUUUAAAAUCUGUGUUUGGUUGUCUGGUCUGCAAAGGUCCUGUUGAUAAGCCAAUGUUCUCAACUUGCUGCAGAAGCCUCAUUGGUUGUAGGAGGUGUAUCGAGGAGUGGAGCAACAUCCACACUCACUGCCCCAAGUGUCGGGCAGUGGAUUUAGAGGACCGCAUCCAUGAAGUGGCUGGGCUUUCUGAAGCUCUGGCACCAUUUGAAAGAUUGUUCUUAUAAUAUUGUUGUGGCUGGCCACUUGUUUGUGUUUUAUAUGUUUUAUUUAAACAGUUCUCUAAAUUGUAUUUUGUAGUUUACCUCUCUUUGAAGCACUUUAAGGUGUAGUUCCUCAAGUAAUGGUUUAUGAUGUGAAAUUAUUCAUGUUUCUAUGUUCUUAAAACAUGAAAUUCUCAUUAAGUUAAAAAUAAACUUGUUAUUUAAGCACUUUGAGGUGUAAUACCUUAACUGGUUAUUUGAUACAAUGUGAACUUAUGGAUUUAUCUUAUGGUUUUUAUACAUGCAUUUCAUAUAAACUAUUUUGAUCUAAACAGACUUAUUUAU